CGAUCGCCAUGGCUCUGGCAGCUUUCGCCAAGAAGGCUGUGGGCGGCCUGGGCCUGCGCUGCGGCGCGCCCCUGCUGGCCGACAGCAGCUCGACGCUGCGGUCGCUGGCGGUGCGGGGGUAUGCCACAGUGCUGGAGGGCCUCAAGUACUCCGAGGACCACGAGUGGGUGAAGCUGGAGGGGGACACCGCGGUUGUGGGCAUUACCGACUUUGCCCAGGAGGAGCUGGGCGACCUGGUGUAUGUGGAGCUGCCAGAGGUGGGGUCCACCGUGACUGCGGGCGAGCGGUUUAGUGUGGUGGAGUCGGUCAAGGCGGCCAGCGACGUCAUCUCCCCAGUCACGGGUGAGGUGACCGAGGUGAACAGCGCGCUGUCUGACGACUCCUCCAAGGUGAACACCGACCCCUUCGGCGAGGGCUGGAUGGUGAAGGUCAAGCUGGCAGAUGCGUCGCAGCUGGAUGGGUUGAUGGACUCCAAUGGCUACACAGACUUCUGCAAGUGAUGGGCUGCUGAGCUGGACGACCGGGGGUGGCUUGUGGAGCGCAGCGGCGCCAAACCCCGCUCCUUGGUCGGCCCGCCCCGUCCCCGCCUGCGCCCCGCUGCUAGCUGUGCUCUACUCCUCUUUUUUCUCUGUGCUGCAUCUGCUCUCUCUGCCCUGCACACUGCAACAAUCCCGCCAUUCAUCUCCUCCGCCGUUUCCACUAUUUUUCGCUCGGCACUGACGUGCCUUGGCCGCGGCAGCGGGCUAGCCGUUGAGUGUAAGGUUGGCUGCCAUGAGGCGGUUGACAGUGGCUUCCGGUUUAAAGUGAUUCUGUAAGGUUGAGUGGGCC